GAGAUUAGCCAGUGGCCGUGUUGUAUGGCAGAUGUGGGCAGCGCGCUCCCGUCUGUCUGUGGCUUUUAAAGGGCGGCGGCGGGUUAAAGCCGAGGAAAGGCAGAAAUGAGGAGGAAUGUGUCGGUGUGAGGACGCUUUCUGUCACGACGGAGAAGCUCACAUCGGUGUCUCUCGCCAGCGACCUCGAGUCAACUUCCCGCUCUCACCACCACCGCUGUGGAGCUAGCCAUGGCGAGCAGCGCCGUGCCGAGUGACAACCUGCCAACAUACAAGCUGGUCGUGGUGGGGGAUGGUGGUGUUGGGAAAAGUGCGCUAACCAUCCAGUUUUUCCAGAAAAUCUUUGUGCCGGACUACGACCCUACGAUCGAGGACUCGUAUCUUAAACAUACUGAAAUAGAUGGACAAUGGGCGAUACUGGAUGUGCUGGACACAGCCGGUCAGGAGGAGUUCAGUGCCAUGAGGGAGCAAUACAUGAGGACUGGAGACGGCUUCCUCAUCGUCUUCUCCGUCACUGACAAGGCCAGCUUCGAACACGUGGACCGAUUCCAUCAGCUCAUACUACGGGUCAAAGACAGGGAGGCUUUCCCCAUGGUUCUGGUUGCAAACAAAGUGGACUUGGUCCACCUGAGAAAGGUGACAUCAGACCAGGGUCAAGAGAUGGCUGCAAAACAUAGUAUAACUUAUAUUGAAACCAGUGCCAAGGAUCCCCCAAUGAAUGUGGACAAAGCCUUUCAUGAGUUGGUCAGAGUUAUACGACAACAGGUUCCAGAGCGAAACCAGAAGAAGAAAAAGAAGAUGAAAUGGCGCGCGGAGCGUUCCACGGGUUCCCACAGGUUCCACUGCGCCAUAUUGUGACCUCGCCUUGUGUUCUUGGGUUUCUUACACACAGACUCAAACCAACAUGCACAUGAACGUACCUGUUUGGAUGUCAGGGAACUUCCCAGCAAUGUUUACCUACUGGAGCACAAAAAGGACAGGAGGAAGGGGGUCAUUGAACACCUUCAUGCAUCUAAAGCAGCCGGGGGUCUUCUGAAGCAUCACCCCCCCGACAUCAACCUGCCUUGGAACGAGCGCUGUACCCGCUUCUCUCACAGCUUUUCCCAGCCCUCCAUCUUCUAAAGCCUAACAACUCUGUUUUACAUUAAAGUCUGGCUUCUGAAUUUGAUAUAAAAUAUGGCUUUGAAGGAGAAAACUAGAGAUUUUCUUGUCUCAAGAGAAGGGAAAGAGGAUUGCURGUAUGAAGCUGCGCCUCAUGUUUUAUGGAAAACAUCCCGCUUUCAUCCCGUCUCUGUCCUCACUGCUCUAGCUUUUGUUUAGAAGAGCCCAGGUUGCGGUUUAGUCCAGUUAAAGUGACCGUUAGACGGGUGAGGGGUGGUUUGGUGGCACUGGUUGUGGAAGGGAAGAUGGUGAGUGAAGAAAACAUGCACCGUGUUUGGAAGAGGAAUGUGAAAAGUAGGAUUUAUGGUUCUGAUGAUGAAGAAGACGCUGAUUUGUUAGGGGCCAAGUUCAUAAAAAAAAAUUAAUUAAAAAAAUGAACGAACCACUUUUUGUCUUAUGAAGUAUUUGUGAUUUAUUGUGGUUGCAUCUUCAGUGAUUGUCAGUGGUGAGAUAAAUUGAUCAAAACUAUUAUUUUUCUGAACAAAAUGAGCAUUUUCUUUCUUUCCAUUUAUCUGUAUCUUGAAGUGUGCAAAAAUGAUACAUAUUUGUGAUUAAAGAGAUUUCUGUGCUACACGAACCCUCUUUAAAACUCUAAUAAAUAGAUGAGGGCUGACGAGCUGAAGCAGGCUGGAGAAGUCGUCCACGAACCAAAACGACGUGUUGUCGCUUUUAUUUCAAUCCGGGGGCUUUUCUGCCUCUUCUGUUGACUUCAGGAUUACCUUUUUUUUUUUUUUAAGAUGAGGAAAAGAUCUGAAGCGUGUAGCCCUGUGUUCAGUGUGACGCUCCUCAGGCUUGAAGCAACAUCACAUUCAGCACACAUAAAUGGCUCGUACUGUUAUCAGAUUUGGAGUUUUGGUGGGUGUCUUCAUCCUGUCGGGAAGCACACCAACUCUUCAACACAUUUUUGCACUUUUAAUACAAUCUGACUUUUCCUAUUGGCAUGCUUUAUGUUAUUUUUUUGUACAAAUCUUAGAGCAGAAAGGCAUGGUAAAACUGAUCUGAAUGUAAAAUCAACAGAGCAGACGGCUGAUUCGAGAUGUGUGCCUGAUGCCUUGAUUGUAAGACGAAUUAUGAGAAGUUAAUUAAACUGAUAUUAGAGAAACUAUUCCAUCUGGAUGUUUGUGUAUGAAUAUUUUAAUGAAUGGAAUAUAAAUGUACCUGCAGCAGAAGAAACUACAACUUGAAACCACAUCUGCUCUUAAGUCAUUGUUUUUGUUUUUUUGUUUUUCUCCAAAGAACUCAAAACUCUGAUCAUUGAGCAGACUGCAUUGUAAAAGGAAGGAAAAAAAUGUUGAUUUUAAAAUGUUGCAUCAUGUGUAUUUGAUAGAAUUUUUGUAUUAUUGAUAUGAUUAUUGCAAAGUGUUUCUAAGCAACUGAAUAAUUUAUUACUGUCUUUUACCUCAUUGUGUCCCAGACCUGGACAAAAAAAAUAAAGGAAAAAUAAGAAAACAA